AUCGUAUUUUAUAUUUUAUUAUAUUAAUUCGAUAUGUACAUCAUGUGCUAUUCCUCUUGAGAGGGAUACCUGUUUUGAAAAUACUAUUCAUUGGUAAACUAUUAAAGAUUUUUUUCAUUUUUUCAUGAAGUAACAAAAGUGAUAAAAAUAUACGUUUAGUUCUGUUGAAAACUGUUGUGAUUUUUGUUACCAUAUCUUUACAUAUACGAAUUCUCCAGUAAAAGAUGAGCAAAAGUAAAAAAAGAAUCAUUUAAAUUCUAAAUCAUUCAAUGUAAGUUGAAGGCCUUUCUUCUAAGUGUUAUGCAAAGAGCGCGCAUAUAUGUAACUGACCCGUCGAUUAGGUAUUAAAAACCUGUAUCCACCUGUUGGACGCGUAUCAUAUUACCGUUGUGUAUCAGUGUUACAAUAUGAUGUCCGUGUUGCGCGUCAAAAUUCGAUACAAAGAUACGCAAUGAAAAUAAUUGGUCAUUUGUUAAUUAGUUAUUUUACUGUAUAUCAAAGAAAUGAUGUGAUAUUUAGUUUAAAUGAAAAAUUUGUUUUAUUAUACAGUUGUUCGUUUAUUUCUACUAUUGAAAGACAAGAAAAACAUAAGACGCAAACUACAUUAUGCUUAUCCUUACAAGAGUAAAAAGAUACAUUGAUUGGCGAUCUACGUAUAAAAAUUAACAGAGUGAUACGUUGUACCGUGUCAUUGGAUAGUACAUAAUGGUGAUAUGAUACGCGUAUAGGUAACAGGUCGAUACUCGCCUAUAGGUUGACUUCACACAGGGAUAUAUGUAUCACGAUACGCGUAUCUCUGUGUGAAAUCGGCCUUAGAUUGGAAAUGUUUCAUGUUUCACUAUACCGUUGCUCGUUCAUUUCUCCCGUGGACGCCCGAUUGUUCGGAUCUCCUCUGCAAGUACAAAAGCUCGCACACAGUGUGCGUGUAGGAACUUUUACUAAUUGAAGAUUAUCUUCCACGAUAAAAUGGAGUUUAGUAAGAAAGAGACACUCGAGUUUAUAGAACUGUAUCGUAAAAAGAGUUUGCUUUGGGAUCUGAAAAAUCCAAAUCACUAUAAUAAAAUGCGGAAAGAAGAUGCAUGGCAUGAGAUUGCACAGGAGAUGAAAAAAUCGGUGCAUCAAUGCAAAAAGAAAAUGGAAUAUCUUUUAGCAGCCCUCAGAAGGGAGAAAAUGAAAAUGAGGAAAAGCAUCCGUGCUGGGAAAGGAACGCAGGAAGUUUAUAAAAGUUCUUGGUUUGCCUUCGAAAGUAUGAGAUUCAUAUGGGACAGAAAGCCUAGACGUACAAUGAGCACGGCUACAAACGAACAAGCGGAUGAAUCAACCGAAAUUUUAGUAAAGGGUGAAAAAAUAAAUUCUUCUGUCGCAAAAUUACAGAAUAAAAGCCCUGAUCCCGGCACGGAUAAUUUACAAUACCCUCAGUCACAAUGCUCUCAGCUAUGCAAAAAAAGACUGAAUCCAUCGGUAGACCAACGUCUCAAUAAAGCCUUUAGAAUUUUAACGACCUCGGCUCAUCAACUAAACGACGAAAGUUAUCAUUUUGGAAAUUUGGUAGCUUCAAAAUUGCGCAGCUACGACAAAAAUAUACGUCAUAUCAUUCAAAGCGAUAUCAUGGAGAUAUUUACGAAAGCUAAUCGAGGCUAUUACAGUAAUUUCAAUAAUCACUCGAAUUACGUUUUUCAAAGAUCAUCCACCGCUCAUCCAGAUAAUCCAACCACAUCUGAAACUGCCACAUUCUGCAGUUCUCAAACUUCAAAUAUUCAUACUCCAGAAAUUCAAACGUCACUGUCUUCCCCAAAUGAAUCGUCGUCGACGUCUGACGAUUUUCCCAUUUAAGAUUUCAUUUAUAAGAUUUAAGAAAAUUUUCGA